UCGCGACCACCAUGCCACAGGUCCCUUCCUCCUGCCGCCUCGCAGAGACAACGGCAACAUAAUGGCAUGCAGGAGCGGCUGCUGCUGCGGCUCCGGUCCCAUCAACGAGGAUAACGCGCGCUUCCUGCUGCUGGCCCUGUUCAUCGUGGUGUACCUGCUGUGCGGCGCCGCCGUCUUCUCCGCGCUGGAGCAGCCCAAAGAGCGCGAGGCGAAGGCGCGCUGGGCGCAGAGGCUCGAGCAUUUCAGCCAGAAGUACAACCUGAGCGAGAAGGAGCUCAACAACUUCCUGAGGCACUACGAGGAGGCGAACGUGGCGGGGAUCCGCGUGGACACCAUGCGACCGCGAUGGGACUUCACGGGCGCGUUUUACUUCGUGGGAACCGUGGUGUCAACCAUCGGGUUCGGGAUGACUACGCCCGCUACCAUCGGAGGAAAGGUCUUCCUGAUGUUCUACGGUCUGCUCGGCUGUGCGGCCACCAUCCUUUUCUUCAACCUCUUUCUGGAACGCGUCAUCACCGUCAUCGCCUUCGUCCUCAAAUCGUGCCACGAGCGGCGCCACAAGAAGGCCGUGCUCCCGCAAAACGGACGGCAGGCGUCUGAGGGCAACAGAGCGGGCGGAGGAGCGAAAGGGGAGGACCUUGCGGGCUGGAAGCCCUCGGUCUACUGCGUCAUGCUCAUUCUGGGAGUGGCGGCCAUCUUGGUGUCCUGCUGCGCCUCGCUGAUGUACUCGGCGGCGGAGGGCUGGGGAUACCUGGACUCGCUCUACUUCUGCUUCGUGGCUUUCAGCACCAUCGGGUUUGGGGACAUGGUGAGCAGCCAGCGGGCGUUCUACGAAGGCCACGCCACGGUCGCGUACCGGCUGGGGAACUUCGUCUUCAUCCUGACGGGGGUCUGCUGCAUCUACUCCCUCUUCAACGUCAUCUCCAUCGUCAUCAAGCAGGUGCUCAACUGGCUGCUGAGGAGGCUGGAGGCGCCCUGCCGCUGCUGCUUCCCCAGGAGGGGCCACCACCCGCACCGGCACCCCCGGCGCAACGUGGUCGCCCCGGGCCACCUUCGCGCCCGCAGGGACCCGUCCAUCGAGACGGACGCCAUCAACGAGAGCGAGACGGACGCCGGCCGCCGGAUGUCCGGGGAGAUGAUCUCCAUGAGGGACUUCCUAGCAGCCAACAAGGUGAACUUGGCCAUCAUGCAGAAGCAGCUUUCGGAGAUGGCCAUCGGGCACCCGCGCCAGUCCAGCUCCAGCUCCCGUCAGAACGGCUUCUCGGGAGGGGUGGGCGCCCUGGGCAUCAUGAACAACCGGCUGGCAGAGACCAGCGUGGACAGAUAG